CCUGGGGCCGAAGAACAAACAAACAAACCUACAUCACGGAAGCCCUCCAAACUGCUGGCGGGUCUGCUGUUUUUCUAUCCCAUCCAAUAACGACCCCUUCGCUCCAAUCACCCUCGACUCGGAAACAAGACCAACUACUCCAUCUCACCUCAACGUGUUGCGCACGCGCGGCUGAUCAUUCGGACUCUGUCUCCGUUGCCACGAUGGAUCCCGAAGUAGCACAAGACGACGCACCGUCUGGAACGAAGGCGCCACCGGCCAACUCUCAAGAGAUGAUUGAUGAAUUCAUCGAGACCACCAAACAGCAAGAAGAGACGGUGUCAGAAGAGACGGCCAGGAAGAUUCUGAGCAGGUAUGCCUGGAACAUGAACUCCGCUCUCGACGCCUACUUUGGGGGCCAGCAGCUCUCCCCGGCGCGAGAUGACACACCAAGCGAGGGAAACGAGGAUGUGGCCAAAAGCCAGAGCGCUGCUAGCCGCCCAGCCCCAUACGCCGAGGGCAGCAGCUCACGCUCGCAGCCGCGCAGACAGGCGCAAGGCAAUCCCGUGAACGUGAAGACCAUGGGUGACCUCAAGAACAACAAGGAAGCAGAGGUCGAGAAUCAUCACGAUGAGGGCUCUCGAGGGGACCUCUUUGCGGGAGGAGAGAAGUCGGGGCUGGCGGUCCAGGACCGCGGUGCCUCGGACAAUGCCGCCAGGCGACCGAUGCAAAAUGCUCAACGCGCUGCUACACGAUCAGAACCCUUUGCCGCAGCCGGACCCCCACAACCCGGCCACUUCAGUGGCUCGGGCCAAACCCUGGGUGGCGAAGGCGUCCCGUCGCGACAAGUCCCAAGCCUUCACGGCAACCCAAUCCAGCGUGUUGGCCGGCACGAGCCCGACCAGCCGCGUGGCCGAUCCACAAUUCACGUGUGGGAGAACGGAUUCAGUCUCAAUGACGGACCUCUCCACAGAAGUGAUAGCGAUGAUGCCCAGCAUCGCAUGAUCUUCCAAUUCCUCAAGAGCUGGGUAGAACAACAAUCGGGGCAAGAUGGCAACGAUGGAAACACCAAAGACGCCCCAGAAGAGCUGUUGCAUGAACUGAAGAGAAUUCUAAGGCUCAAGCAUCAUGAAAUGGCUGAAGCGGACAUCCAUGCCCACCCCAACGAAAAGUGGCGCCUGGUUCACCCGUUCGCUGCUGCGGGCAGACGACUUGGGAGCCCUGUUCCCGGCGAUGGUUCUUCAUCCAUCGAUUCGACAAUCGCUUCCCAGACGUCAACCCGCAGCGCCACAGCCACAGCAACCGGGGCUGCUUCCGUGCCAAGCGGCGUGGACGAAUCUCAGCCUAUUGUGACCAUCCGCAUACAGCUUCCCAACGGCACCAGGGUCCCUGCUCGAUUCAACACAGUCCAGACCAUCGGCGAUGUCUACGGGUUUGUGCAACAGACAAGCCCCGAAACCCGAUCCCGCAACUGGGUUCUUGCCACCACUUUCCCCAACAAGGAGCAUAUCGACCACAGCGCUGCGCUGGGGGAGAUGGAUGAGUUCAAGAGGGGCGGCACGGCGGUUGUCAAGUGGGUCUAAGGACGCCGGUGACUUCCAGGCUGUCCGGCUUCACAUCCACGUCUACUUCUCUUGGAACACCAAAUGAUACCUUGCAGAUACACAGCACAUCCUUCCUAGCCGAAAGUCUGUUCUUUGCUUAUCAGCAUGUUCAAUGACGCCUGCUGGGUAGGUAGGGACAGCAGGUGUCGAGGCGUUCUGUGCCAGAAGUUCUACGUCAUUGGGGUAUUAGAGCCUUCUUAUGACUUACUGCUCAAAAUAACAAAAUGGACGAUAGAUACGUGGGGUUGUUAGUGAGGAAUGCUGUGUUACCCACUAGAUACGAUGGGAACUAUGUGUCUAGGUGUACUUGAAGAGUCGAUAGAACACAUGAAAGAUGUUCUACACGGGGCAUCAAGAUGUAAAAUAUUCUGAUCCGCGGGUAGUUACGGUGGUCACCCAGACUCUAUCGCGUGCUCUACUUAAUAUCGGUGUGUCACUCGGCAUGUGGAGAGGCAUCGAACGCUUCACGAAAAGUCACAAUUAUGUGUCUUCCAUUGCAAGUGAGUGGCACACAAGGCUGCCAGAAUCGCAUCCAUAUUGGAAGUGCGGCUUGUACAUCCAUCAGAAGCCAAGCAAGUGGGUAUCAGAAAAUCCCUAGGUCCGUAAAGUAUACAUUGGGUUAAAGGUCUGCCAUUUUCCCUCUGUUUCAAAAUAAGCAC